AUGAAAAAUUACCCAAAAAAUUUAAAGUUACUCUUAUCUAAAGGCCAAUUAGUUGUUUUGGCAGAAAGAGAAGUUAGAAUUAACGAAUCGUCUGUGGUUGUUCGACAUUUCCGUAGGAAAAUAAGUAUACCCGAGGAUGUGGUGACCGAUGCUGUUGCUACACAAAUUAAUUCGUAAAUUUUAAUUAAAUUUAUCUUGGAAUGUAUGCUAAUCUCGUUUCAAUGGAGUAAGUUAACCUGUUUGGGUAAACUAAGCAAGCAUCUUGCUGAUAUCUCUAAUCGCAUCACUCCUCAGUAUCUCCCUUUAAUUUUCUUUGUAUUAUCAUUUUGUCCACCCCCCCCCCUUUUUUACCCAAUUUCCACAAUUUUGAAUCAAGUAAGUAAUAAGG